GCUCGAAUCAGUCAUAUCCGUUAUUUUUCAAGACCAUAUAUAAGCACCGGAAACCUCUUUUCACCUUCCAAGCACUAUUGCUUCAUUUCCGUUCCAUGAACAGUCUAUCCAACUCCAACAUGACCACCCUCUCCCCUCCCACUGAGAAGAAAAUCCGGUGUUGUUUCUUCUUUUCUCUUGCCUUUGUAGUUGUUAUCCCCAUCGUCUGCAUCGUCUUGGGGGUGGAGCUCCAUCCUCACGACUUUUCAAAUAGUGACCAGACCUUCCCAGAUAACACGAAUCGAACAAUUUCCCUUCACGCUAAUUUGAUAUCAGCGGAUUUGACGGCCGGACAGAUGGUCCUUAACUGGAUCGUUGUAGACGAUAACUGUGAUCCUCAGUCUACGGAUUGCGCAGAAGUUAAUAUUUAUUUUGAUACAAAUCUUCUUCAUCUAUCCGAUACGAGCAGCAGCGAGUCAUCUAAUAAUAAUGAACCUGCGGAUCCUACAUUUACCUGGAAUCUCACCGCUGCAGUCUAUGAGUAUCCCUUUGCAAAUACUCCGUCGUUCCAGACAGAGCUUGCCAUAUUUCCGCUUUAUGAUUUCAGAAAUCAUUCAAUCAGACGUACACAUUCGAGCAACGUGUAUUAUCCCUUCGAUCAUUACGAUACUGAGGUAUUUGCGUUUGCCACAGACGCAAGUACCAAUGGCACAGUGCAAUUACAUCUCAACUCAACUUCCGGAAUCGUUGAAGGUCUCAAAAUCACUGCAGACGUCAUUACCGCCUCUGAUUUGGCCCAGGAUCUUCUUCCCGAACUUAUCGAUAUCUCAGUUACUCUGCAAAGAGGGACUUUGAUAAUACUUUAUUGCAUUGUGAUCACCCUCACAUUCUGGCUUAUCACCCUUGCAAUAUGCCUUGUUAUGAUUAUGACUAUAGUGUUCGGCUUCCGACAGAGAAAUGAGAUCGUUGUCGUUCCUGUUGCGACUGUGUUUGCCUUUGUUCAGUUGCGUUCAACUAUGCCUGGGGCCCCAGAUGGAUUUGGUGACGUUUUGGAUUUCGCAGGCGUGCUGCCAUGCCUAGUAUUUCUAUCCAUUUCCGCUGUUACCAUGGUCGGAAUCUACGUUUUCACAGAUCCAGCGAAGGAAUCUCGUGAAGAGUUAACUUGGUCUGCCUUAGUACAAACCCUUAUUCGCCUUAAAGAAGCGACACCCAAAAAGAUAGAGAGCAUGUAUAAAGCUUUAAUACAAACCCUCAUUCGCCUUAAAGAAGCCAUGUAUAAAGCACCAUCAGAGUCUCGCGACUUGCCUCAACUUAUUCCCUUGACGGCUGUUUCAAACGGUGCGGUUGGUGAUCUUUGAUUGUUAUCUUAGGAUGCAGGACAUUGGUCGAAAAUAGGCAUGAUACUAACGUAGGAAUCCUGUACGUACUAUUAAAUACUGCCAAGAAUCAUGAAGUUCCCGGCGAGUUCAAGUUUGCAUAACGCGUCAUUAGUCAGUUUUCUACUUGAGUGAAUGAAAAUGAUAAGGUU